CACUGUAGGAUGAAGCUUACUGUCAGGGGUCUGGAGAGUGUGAAAGGACUAAAUGGAAGGAAAGCAUGAGAACGGAAAGCAUUGCUGCGGCUCUCCCAGUUAAAUAUUUGACUGAUGAACUCUGAGAAACAUCUAGCACAGGACAGUACUGGAGAGAAGUGCUCCUACGACAGUGAUUUACCAGAACAAGAAGGAAAUGAGACUCUGUACUGCAGCUGUACUGGGCACAGUGGCAUCAAGAUGCGUUCUCCAGACACUUUGUCUACUUGAAGAAUAAGGAACUCUACACAAAGUUUGCCUGUUCUCUCUUGUUUUUGUUUUUAAGGAACUUGCAGUAAAACAAACAUUGCUGCUGGUGUUCCUUAUCAACUUGUUAUUUGCUGACUUGAAACCUUGCCAUCAACCUGCAAGGUGAGAGAACGGUACCUCUGAAAAGCUGAAGGAGACCCAGUGCAUUGUGGGCCUCUGGCACUAAUUAUUAUUCAUAUUCAUCACCAGUAAAGUGAUUGAUGAUCACUUGCAGAGCACUUUAAAGACCAGCUUGACUGACUUCAGUAACUUUCAGAUACAGUCCACUAUACUCUUAUGUUUGUCUCUGCACUAGAGAACUCCUUUAUCCACUAACACUGAUCAUUCAUUGAGGACUUGCUGAUUUACCCUAUCUACCUCCUGCAUCUCUCCAGGAAGACUUUGCUGGCAAGCAGAAUGCUGCAACAUUCCUCAGAAGCGGGACUGGUUACCCUACCCCGCACCCUGGCUAUCUGGCCCCCUCUAGACUUUGCGCUGGGUGCUGCAGCCUGCUGUGGGGCCUGUGUGUUCACCAACCCUCUGGAGGUGGUGAAGACCAGGCUGCAGCUCCAGGGCGAGCUCAGGGCACGCGGCUCCUAUCAGAGGCACUACCAUGGCGUCCUGCAGGCUCUCUGGGCUGUCGCCAGGGCCGACGGACUACGCGGUCUCCAGAAGGGGCUCUCUGUGGGCCUGCUCUACCAGGGCGUGAUGAAUGGGGUCCGACUCGGCUUUUACUCCUACUCUGAGGCUUCAGGUUUCACUAGGGCCCCUGGGGGCAGUCUACUUGCUGGGGCUGCUGCUGGGGCGCUGGGGGCCUUUGUAGCCAGCCCUGCCUACCUGGUGAAGACGCAACUGCAGGCCCAGACAGUGGCAGCCAUCGCCGUGGGGCAUCAGCACAACCACCUGGGCGUGUCCAGUGCCUUUGUAAGUAUCUACAGGGCGCAGGGGAUCGUAGGGCUGUGGCGUGGGGUGAAUGGAGCCGUGCCUCGGGUGAUGGUUGGCUCAGCUGUCCAGCUUGCCACCUUCUCCAGUGCCAAGGAAUGGGUCGUCAGCCAGCAGUGGUAUAAACAAGACAGCUGGCUGGAGGCUCUCAAUGCAGCCAUGCUGAGCGGGAUUGCCGUGUCGAUCGCCAUGACCCCCUUCGAUGUCGUCAGUACGCGACUCUACAAUCAGCCGGUGGACAAGUUGGGCAGGGGCCAGCUCUACGGGGGGUUCCUUGACUGCUUUGUGAGGGUGUCCAGGAAGGAGGGACUUGUGGGGUUCUACAAAGGAAUGGGGCCCUCCUUCGUGAGACUGGGUUUCCACACCGUAAUCAGCAUGCUCCUGUGGGACCUGCUGCGGCACACAGCCUUCCAAUACGAGGGCUGAGGGAGCGGGACUGGGAGCAGCAGGGUGCGGAGUUAAUCACUGCACAAUUCCAGGGAGGGCGUGGCUAAGAUACCUGAAGGGGAGGAGCUUGUUACUGCAUAAUACCAGAGUGGGUGGAGCUGUUGCUGUGGGAGGGGGGGUUGAAAUGCACAAGGGGGGAACUAUAAGACAGGUUGGACUGACUGGGAGCCCUGCAGAAUACCUGGGAUGGAGCUAGACACUGCAGCCGUCUUUCUGGGCAGGUCUAAAAAGGAGAGGUAUUUUACAAUCAGCCAAUAGCUGAUGAGCCCCUGAACUCAAAGUUAGAUCUGUAGUUAUUUUCGGUACCAGAAACACCAUUAGAAAAUAAGAAGAUUUAUGGAACUUGUUGUAGAUUCAUUAUCCAUCUGCUGUUGAGAGUAGAGGCAGGAGGGUGACUGCUUCUUGCCUCACAGCAUUACAAAGUGGCAGCUGUAUCUCCACAACAGUCAGGGAAGAUGUGAAAAUGAAAGGUAAUGAAACGGGCAGUGUUCAAGUGAUUUUAGAUGGGGGGGGGGUCGUGGUUACUUUAAACAGUGUUUACACAGAAUAGACUUGGUGGAGAGACUGUCCUUCAGGGGAAUGCUUUAAUCUGUGGCUUUUUUCUGUUUUUUACUUUGCUUAACGUAAACUGGAUGACUAAAGACUGUAAUAAAUAAACGAUGUCGACACA